CUUAAGCAGUGCGCAUGAGCGCUCUGCUGUGACUACCUGUCAGUCAGUCUGGAGCUUCUUAGUCGUGGUAAAUUAGUGCACACACCGCGGUGAGGAAGAUUCAACAUGAGCUUUACCACUGAGGAGAGGGGCAGGCCCAACACCCAGGACUACAGGGUGUUUUUCAAAAACUCAGAGGGGAAAUACAUCUCCCCCUUUCACGAUAUACCCAUCUAUGCAAAUGAAGAGGAGAACAUUUUCCAUGCUGUUGUAGAGGUUCCAAGAUGGACAAAUGCAAAGAUGGAGAUUGCUACAAAGGACCCUCUCAAUCCACUGAAGCAAGAUAUGAAGAAGGGGAAUCUCCGCUAUGUGGCCAACGUGUUUCCCCACAAAGGUUAUAUCUGGAAUUACGGAGCGAUUCCACAGACGUGGGAAGACCCCAACCACAAGGACAGUGACACAGGAUGCUGUGGGGACAAUGAUCCGAUCGAUAUUUGUGACAUCGGAAACAAGGUGUGCUCUCGGGGAGAAAUAAUCAAAGUGAAGGUUUUGGGGACUCUAGCUUUGAUUGAUGAGGGUGAAACAGACUGGAAGGUCAUUGUGAUCAAUACUGAGGACCCAGAAGCCAGCAGCUUUAACAACAUUGAUGAUGUGAGGCGGAUUAAGCCGGGAUAUCUGGAGGCUUCUGUUGAUUGGUUCAAAAAAUACAAGGUCCCAGAUGGGAAACCGGAAAACCAGUUUGCUUUCAAUGGAGAGUUCAAAGACAAGGACUUUGCCAUAAAAACUGUGAAGGACACACACGAGUUUUGGAAGGCUUUGAUAUCCAAGAGGACUGAUGCCGGCGAGUUAAACUGCAUGAACACCAGGGUGUCAGACAGCCCGUUCUACUGCGCUGCUGCAGAAGCAGAGGCUGUUGUGACAUCUGCAUGUGCUUUUGGACCUGAAGAUCCCAUCCCAUCCUCAGUAAACACAUGGUUUUACUCUCAGAAGUAAGAAAUGUUUUGCCAGGACUUUCAUCAUUCCCUCAGCACAAGGCCUCCACAGAUUGGAUUUAAGACAAAUAUACAUUUGUUUCUUGACCUGCAACUCAUUUACCUGUAUAUUGUUUGCAGUCUGUUAAAAUGUGACUGUCAAAGCAUUCUCAUGCUUUUUCUAUUCUCUUAUUGCACAAUAUUCCAGGAUGUAUGCUAAUA